AUGGAUAUCUUUUGUUGCCGCUUGCUCGACACUGUGUUUGCUAUCUUCCUAGGCCUCUGCUUGGCUCUUCUGCUUCUCUUCUUCAAAUCCUUCUUCUGGAAGCAGGACAUUAGGGCAAGAAACCUGCCUCGGGGAAGCGAGGGAUGGCCUCUUCUCGGAGAAACUCUCGCCUUCCUCUCGCCUCACCGGUCCAACUCUCUCGGUAGCUUCUUGCAAGAUCACUGCUCUAGGUACGGUAAGGUAUUCAAGUCCCAUCUCUUCGGGUCACCGACCAUAGUCUCCUGCGACCACGAGCUCAACACGUUCGUCCUCCAGAACGAGGAGAGGCUGUUCCAGGCGAGCUAUCCGAAGCCCAUGCACGGGAUUCUUGGCAAGUACUCCCUCCUCGUGGUCUCUGGAGACCUCCAUAAGAAGCUGAGGAGCGUGGCCGUCAACUUCGUCACUGCCUCCAAGUCGAGCUCUGAAUUCCACCGGUGCGUCGAUAGGCUGUCGGUCUCCAUGUUGGAGUCGUGGAAAGGGCGUCAACAGGUUGCUUUCUGUAAAGAAGCCAAAAUGUUUGCACUAAGCCUUAUGGUGAAGACCCUUUUGAGUAUUGAACCAGAAGACCCGAGGGCAAGGAAGAUACUUGCUGAUUUCUUGACGUACAUGAAGGGUUUCGUGUCCUUGCCCUUAUAUAUUCCCGGGACCCCAUACGCCAUGGCCGUGAAGGCAAGAGCAAGGCUUUCCUCAACCGUGAGAGAGAUAAUAGAAGAGAGAAGAAGGACAGGCAGUGCGGCGGGUUUGAAGAAAGGAGACUUCAUGGACGUGAUCCUGGGGAAGGAGGAGUUGAACGAGGAAGAGAUGGUGAGCAUCGUGCUCGACAUCUUGCUCGGCGGCUACGAAACCACCGCCACCCUCAUGGCCCUGAUCGUCUUCUUUCUCGCCCACGAGCCCGCCUCUCUCCUCCAACUCAAGGAAGAGCACCUAGCAAUAAGGCGAAAAAAGGGGAGCGAAGAGCCCUUGAACGGGGAAGAUUACAAGCAAAUGGAGUACACUAAUGAUGUCAUAUGUGAAGCUUUGAGAUGUUUGACCAUACCCUCAGGUUGGAAAGUAUUUCCUAUCUUUGUCGGGACGCAUCUUGAUCCGACUCUUCAUGAAAAUCCCAUGAAAUUCGAUCCCUUGAGAUGGAAGGAUAAAGCGAUAAGCAAGAAGGUCAUGCCUUUCGGAGGUGGACUUCGACUUUGUCCCGGCGCCGAACUCGCGCGGCUCAUAAUUGCCUUCUUUCUUCAUCACCUCGUCCUCAGCUUUAGGUGGAAGACAGAACCAGAUGAUUUCCCCAUCGCUUACCCUUAUGUGGAGUUCAAGAGAGAUUUGGUGCUGGAGAUUGAGCCAACAGAAAACCACAGCUAA